UCCCAAGUUUCUUAGGGUUUUUAAUCAAAAAGAAAAGAAAAAACUUCUGAAACGUAUCGGAGAAGUAUGGAUCUUAAAACAACGCUUGAUCAGUGUCCGCCGUUGAGAAAGCAACUCACCUCUCUGAAACACAGAUUCUUACAGCCACUCAAUCAAGACGAUUUGACGACAAGUUACGAACGACGACCAAAGCGAAAGUUUUCUUCUCUUCCUCUUGGUGAUGAUGACGGCCAAAAAGAUCCUUCUUCUUGGAAACGCAUACGCUUUACACUCCGACGAGAGAAGGAAGACGACGCCGUUUUCGUCGAGUCUCCUAGGGUUAAAAGUAGUCAAUUGACGAUACGACAGCGUUCUACUAGUGACGACUCGCCUGAUACGAUGAAACACAGAGUCGAAGAAGCAGAAGAAGAAGGGUUUACAAGCGAUGCUGUUUUCUAUAAGCCUUGGUUUGAUAAUUUACGAUUGAAACGACAGCGUUUGGGUGAAGAUCAAGAUCCUUCUUCUUGUUCUCCGUCUGUAGAUGACAUCGCUGCUCUCACUCUCAUCCAGUUUUCCCGUGAUAAUCGGCAAUCGAAAACACAAACCCUAGUACCUCAACCGCAAACGCAGACGCAGACGCGAACGCAGACGCAAACGCAGACGCAGACGCAGUCGCAGACGCAAACGCAAACGCAAACUCAACAGCAGACGGCAGUGAAGUCUGAUUUGUUCGAGUGUACCGUAUGUGGAAAAGGGUUUACUACCUAUCAAGCUUUAGGUGGUCACAAGGCUAGCCACAGGGUUAAACCGCCACUGACGCUUGUUGAAAACGCAGGAGCAGACGGUGGAGAUAAAACGCGGACAAAGAUGUUGGCCCCUUCUGGGAAGAUCCACAAGUGUUCUAUAUGUCAUGUUGUGUUCCCGACGGGACAAGCACUAGGUGGACACAAACGCCGUCACUACGAAGGCGUUCUCGGCGGUCACAAGUUGAGUCCCGAUAGUAAUGCGAGCAGCCUUGUAACAAAAGUGUUGGAUCCAGAACAGAGUUUAAGUGUGAGUGAAAACGUUCUUCUCAGUGGUCACAAACGUAAUCAGGACGAGGUUGUUCACAAGUUGAGUCCCGAUAGUAAUGGGAGCCUUGUUACAAAAGUGUUGAGUCCAGAACUGAGUGAAAACGUUCUUCUCAGUGGUCACAAACUCAGUCAGGAAGAGGUUGUUCCCAGUGUAGACAAGUGGAGUCUCAGUGAUGCGAGUGUUGCAAAAAAUUUGGUGAAUCUAGAGCUAAGUCUCGGGGAGAGUAAUGGUCUACUCGGGGGUCAGAAACGUAGUCAGGAGGAUGAGGAGGUUGUUCUUGGAGAAAACAAGUGGAGUCCUAGUUGUAAUGGGAGUGGUGUAACAAAUGUGUCAGAACCAGAGCAGACCCAAAGGAGAUUGAUAGAUCUUAAUAGCCUUCCGUCACCGGAGUUUGAUGAAUCUGGAGUCAGAGAUGUCGAGGAAGUUGAUAGUGCAAUCAUGUUAGCGAACCGUUUGGGUGAAGAUCAAGAUCCUUCUUCUUGUUCUCCGUCUGUAGAUGACAUCGCUGCUCUCACUCUCAUCCAGUUUUCCCGUGAUAAUCGGCAAUCGAAAACACAAACCCUAGUACCUCAACCGCAAACGCAGACGCAGACGCGAACGCAGACGCAAACGCAGACGCAGACGCAGUCGCAGACGCAAACGCAAACGCAAACUCAACAGCAGACGGCAGUGAAGUCUGAUUUGUUCGAGUGUACCGUAUGUGGAAAAGGGUUUACUACCUAUCAAGCUUUAGGUGGUCACAAGGCUAGCCACAGGGUUAAACCGCCACUGACGCUUGUUGAAAACGCAGGAGCAGACGGUGGAGAUAAAACGCGGACAAAGAUGUUGGCCCCUUCUGGGAAGAUCCACAAGUGUUCUAUAUGUCAUGUUGUGUUCCCGACGGGACAAGCACUAGGUGGACACAAACGCCGUCACUACGAAGGCGUUCUCGGCGGUCACAAGUUGAGUCCCGAUAGUAAUGCGAGCAGCCUUGUAACAAAAGUGUUGGAUCCAGAACAGAGUUUAAGUGUGAGUGAAAACGUUCUUCUCAGUGGUCACAAACGUAAUCAGGACGAGGUUGUUCACAAGUUGAGUCCCGAUAGUAAUGGGAGCCUUGUUACAAAAGUGUUGAGUCCAGAACUGAGUGAAAACGUUCUUCUCAGUGGUCACAAACUCAGUCAGGAAGAGGUUGUUCCCAGUGUAGACAAGUGGAGUCUCAGUGAUGCGAGUGUUGCAAAAAAUUUGGUGAAUCUAGAGCUAAGUCUCGGGGAGAGUAAUGGUCUACUCGGGGGUCAGAAACGUAGUCAGGAGGAUGAGGAGGUUGUUCUUGGAGAAAACAAGUGGAGUCCUAGUUGUAAUGGGAGUGGUGUAACAAAUGUGUCAGAACCAGAGCAGACCCAAAGGAGAUUGAUAGAUCUUAAUAGCCUUCCGUCACCGGAGUUUGAUGAAUCUGGAGUCAGAGAUGUCGAGGAAGGUUUUUUUUUUGUAUCUGAUAGAUAUCGGAAGAGAAUAGGUAUGGCUAUCUCAACGCACUUGAAACAGAUCUUAACGAAGGUGAAUCAAGUUUCACCGUCGAUGUCUGUGGCCGAUCUGAAGAAAAAACUAGAACUUUGGAUGCAAGAAAACAAAGACGGUUUACUAGUCGACGACGAUGUUUUCGUUGAGAGCUUUUUGGAAACGAUCGAACGUAAUUGUUCUGCAACUGGUGAUCAAGAUCCGAAUUCGGAACGCAGAGUCAUAAAAGCGAUAGAACACAGAUUCUUAGAAGGAGUAGGAGGAGGAGAAGAAGAUAGUAGUGAGCGGACUCAAAGACAGCGGUUUGGUUACGACGGCGUUUCGACUGAGACGGGUUUGGAUAGUAGUGAGCGGACUCAAAGACAGCGGUUUGGUGAUGAUGAAGAUUGUUUCUCGGAACAGAGUUCAUCCUUCUUGGAAACUAACCCGCGAGAAGGAGAAAGACAAGGAGGGUUUGCUAACAACGAUGCUUUCCUUGAGCUUUUGGUUGAAAAUAUUGAGCGAUCAAGACGAGGUCAAAAGCGUUCUUCUUCUUCUGAUGAUGAUGAUGUUAAAGAUCCUUCUUCCUCUUCUUCUCUGUCUGAAGAUGAAAUCGCUGCUCUCUUUCACAAACGGCAUUCACCAACACAACCUGAAACGCAACCCCAACUGAAACAGAAACGGCAGAUGCUGAACAAGUCUGAUGCGUACAAGUGCAGUGUCUGUGGAAAAGAGUUUACUACAUUCCAAGCUUUAGGUGGUCACAAGGCUGGCCACAGGAUUAAGCCGCUUCUUGUUGAAGGUGGAGAAAAAACGAGGCAAAAGUUGUUGGCACCAUCUGGUAAAAUCCACAAGUGUUCUAUUUGUCAUAGAGUGUUUCCCACGGGACAAUCCCUCGGUGGACACAAACGCCUUCAUUACGAAGGCGCUCUCGGAGGUCACAAAGACAGCAUGGACGUGGAGGCCGUUUCCCAAGGAGACAAGUUGAGUCCUGGAGGUAAUGUUGGUGUUGUAACACAUGUACCUGACCCAAAGCAGAGCCUAGAGGGACUGAUAGAUACGAACAGAGUGCUGUCGCCAGGAGACGUUGAGAGUGCAAACGAGCUUCGACAAGAAGAAGGAAGUACCAAUGCUAACAGGAUUCAGUUUUUUAACUUUUUUUGAACUGUUUACCAAUUC